AUGUAUCCCACCUCUCUCCACGCAGUUCCCAUACCGUCAACCCGUCUCGACACAGUCAACCAGCUCCUCACCGGCUACAGCAGCCUCUCAGUCACGCAGCUAACCUCCACGCUGUCGCCCACCUUCCAAUACCGCGUUCUCCCCACGAGCCUAGGCAUGCCCCCCCUCGACCGCGCGUCAUUCGCCCGCCACGCCGCCAGCGUCUUCGCCGCAUUCGACGAGUUCCGCCUAGUCCCGGACCAAGACUCUCUGCUCGAGGACGCGGAGCGGUCGUCUGUCGCCGUCUACGCUCGCAUGGAGGGCGUGCUCAGAGGCGGCGGCGGUGGGACGACGACGACGCCGUGGGCGAGCGAGUGCGUCAUGCUGAUCCGGCUAUCCGUGGACGGCACCGAGGUCGUCGGGGUCGACGAGUUCGUGGAUAGCGCAAAGGCUAGGGAGAUGCAGCUGGGGAAUGCUCCUGGGGAAUUCGGUAUCGGGGCGCGGUAG